CGGUAUUACCCUACUAAACCCCUCGUAACUCUCCUCGACCGCGACGACCGGAAGUCACAUGACCUCCCGGAAGUCGUUUAGCACUCUCACACCCCCUUACACAAAAACGGACAAAUCUUAUUGGUUGUGUCCCGCACCGCCAGAACAAAACGCACACACACUUUGUCCGCCGUUGCACGAAAAUUUCCCUCGAAACCGACGACGGGGAGGCCAGCUGGGAAAUUUUGUCCACCCAUUUUUUUUCAAUUUCUCUUUUCUUCCUUUCCCCUUUCCUCUUCUUUUCUAACCAAGCUACCAUAGUUAUUCAAAACAACAAUGGUUUUCCCAAGAGUUUACAACGCUACUUCUAAGGCAGCUUUCAAGGCUGUCAAGAGCAACAUGUUGUUCAACAGAGGUUUGGCUACCGCUGCUCCAGCAGCCGGUAAGGUUAGAGCCGUUAUCGGUGCUAUUGUCGAUGUUCAAUUCGAGGAUGGUAACUUGCCAGCCAUCUUGAACGCUUUGGAGAUCAAGAACCACGAGUCUGGUCGUCUUGUCCUCGAGGUUUCCCAACACUUGGGUGAGAACACCGUCAGAACCAUUGCUAUGGAUGGUACUGAGGGUCUUGUCCGUGGUGAGACCGUCGUUGACACUGGUGCUCCAAUCACCGUGCCAGUUGGUCGUGAGACUUUGGGUCGUAUCAUCAACGUUAUCGGUGAGCCAAUCGAUGAGCGUGGUCCAAUCAACACCAAGCAAAGAAACCCAAUUCACGCUGAGCCACCUUCAUUCUCUGAGCAAUCUACUGCUGCUGAGGUUUUGGAGACUGGUAUCAAGGUUGUCGACUUGCUUGCCCCAUACGCUAGAGGUGGUAAGAUUGGUUUGUUCGGUGGUGCCGGUGUCGGUAAGACCGUUUUCAUCCAAGAGUUGAUUAACAACAUUGCUAAGGCUCACGGUGGUUUCUCCGUCUUCACCGGUGUUGGUGAGAGAACCAGAGAGGGUAACGAUUUGUACCGUGAAAUGAAGGAGACUGGUGUCAUCAACUUGGAGGGUGACUCCAAGGUGGCCUUGGUUUUCGGUCAAAUGAACGAGCCACCAGGUGCUCGUGCCCGUGUUGCUUUGACUGGUUUGACCAUCGCUGAGUACUUCAGAGAUGAGGAGGGUCAGGAUGUGUUGUUGUUUAUUGACAACAUUUUCAGAUUCACCCAGGCCGGUUCCGAGGUGUCUGCUUUGCUUGGUCGUAUCCCAUCUGCUGUCGGUUAUCAACCAACUUUGGCCACUGAUAUGGGUCUCUUGCAAGAGCGUAUCACCACCACCCAAAAGGGUUCUGUCACUUCUGUCCAAGCCGUCUACGUGCCAGCUGAUGAUUUGACUGAUCCUGCUCCAGCUACUACUUUCGCGCACUUGGAUGCUACUACUGUGUUGUCCCGUGGUAUCUCUGAGUUGGGUAUCUACCCAGCUGUCGAUCCAUUGGAUUCCAAGUCCAGAUUGUUGGAUGCUGCUGUUGUCGGUGAGGAGCACUACGGUGUUGCCACCCAAGUCCAACAAACUUUGCAAGCUUACAAGUCUUUGCAAGAUAUCAUUGCCAUUUUGGGUAUGGAUGAAUUGUCUGAGGCUGAUAAGUUGACUGUCGAGAGAGCCAGAAAGAUCCAACGUUUCUUGUCUCAACCAUUCGCUGUCGCUGAAGUUUUCACUGGUAUCCCAGGUAGAUUGGUUAGAUUGAAAGACACCAUCAGAUCCUUCAAGGAAGUGUUGGAAGGUAAGUACGACCACUUGCCAGAGAACGCCUUCUACAUGGUUGGUGGUAUCGAGGAUGUCGUUGCCAAGGCUGAGAAGUUGGCUGCCGAGGCUAACUAAACAGCACCGUCAUGACCAGUACAUGAUUCAACGAAAAUAUAAAAAGAAAAUGAUAAAGAGAGGAGAAUAAGUCUUUAGAAUCUUCUUGAUUGAAUAUUCCCACAAAGUAUGAAACGAUCUUAAAGCCUCUCUCUAAUUGAGAGGACGCAUAUAUGAAGACAAAAUAAGAAUUUUACUAU